AUGGUGAGCGAGGAAGAUGAGCCUUCAGCUCCACUGAACUUGACUUUCGAGGCCGUGACAGCGACAUCCUUCACAGCGACGUGGCUGAAACCCACGCAGGAGAACGGCCAGCUUGGGGACUACCAAGUGAGGUGGAGGAGCAAGGGAGGCAGGGCAAAAGUUCAGAAGGUCACCGAAACUCGGUUAGAAAUUACGAACCUGAACGCUUGUGAUGCGUACAACGUAACCGUGGCGGCCACAACAGGCGCUGGACCUGGAAACAAAAUUCGGUCCAAGAAGAAAACUAGCGAGGCUGUACCGCCAGCGGGAUCACAUCCUAAAGUUUCGUCCGUGGCAAGUCGUAGCGUCACCCUGAAGUGGACCAAACCUGCCACUAAAUGCGAGGUCGUCAACUACACAGUUGUGUACGGCGGUCAGGUCAUGUGGGGAAACCACGUAACCUUGGAGGUUAAUUCUGCAUAUUCCGAGACUACGACGAUAAAUAUCGCUGGUUUGACGCCGUACAGCAACUACUCCUUCUCUGUUGUGGCGGCGACUGCAGCUGGGAAGGGGGAGCCUUCACUGCCAAGCUAUUGUGAAACGCUGGAAGAUGUUCCCAGCGCACCAACUGAUCUCAACAUCGAAGCUCUCAACUCCACAUCAGUGCUGGUGACGUGGCAAGCUCCCGAGGAGGAAAACGGCAUCAUCAAGUACACGAUCCGCUGGAAGCUCGCGAGUAACGGAAGUGAAGCAGACGAUGACCAGAUAAUUACAACACCUGGUGACAGCUACGAGUGCGAAGUACCAGACCUGACCGGGUGCAAGACCUACGACUUCUUCGUGUCGGCGUCCACCAGCCGUGGCGAGGGAGCGAGAAAUACGAAACAGCAAAAACUACGAUGCGCUGAAGGCAAUAUCCCACUAGCUGACCAGCGAUACACGCAGAUGUCUUCGGACGCGGGUAGUCAAUAUGAGAUACCCUUGUUGACCCCUCCACCCCAGCCACCACCGAUCUAUGAUGAGUACCCUGAUGUGAUGUCGUCGGGAGUGAGUAAGGAGAUCAUUGACGAAUAUAACAGACUACCCAAGCCCACGAAAAAAACUACCGAAGCUUCGAAACCCUGCAACCAGUUCCAAAACCGCUACGCAGACGUUCUUCCAUUUGAUGAAAACCGCGUCAAAUUGAAGUCAGGGGAAUACAUCAACGCGUCCCACAUCGAUGGCGGCUUCAUAGCAACGCAAGACCCACAGCAAACGACUGAAGAUGACGAGCUCUUCUGGUCGAUGGUGUGGGAGCAUCAGGUGUCCAUCAUCGUCAGGCUGUCAGCGGACGACAGAAAUCUCGGAAACAACCAAAUGGGCUGUGCCCCUUACCUGCCCCUGGACCGACGCUGGGUGUUCAACAACGGCAUCGAGGCGAGCGUCAAGGAGAAGAGGCAGGAGGAGGCCACGCACACCACCACCACCGUCGUCCUGGUGAAGACGGAGGGCAACUUGACCCUAAAAAAAUUUAAG